AUGACCGCACUGCGGGGCCGGCCAUCAUGGUCUGUAAGCCGGCUUCUGCCGGCUUUCUUGCUGGCGACCGUCCAUUUCACCACGGCAUACGACCUGGACACAAGUGACGCCAGCAAUGUCAAAACCAUCGCGAGAUCGAUGACUGAAGAUCUGAUGUCGUUCUACGACGGAGACAAACCUGGCAAGACCCCAGGUCUUCUCCCCGAUCCAUACUACUGGUGGGAGGCCGGCGCUAUGAUGGGUACCAUGAUCGAUUACUGGUACUACACAGGCGACAGCACCUGGAAUGAUGUCGUCACCCAGGGUCUCCUCCACCAAGUCGGUAAAUACAACGAUUACAUGCCAGAGAACCAGACCCGUACCGAGGGAAACGAUGAUCAAGGAUUUUGGGGACUCGCUGUGAUGUCCGCCGCCGAGUAUGGGUUCCCCAACCCCCCCGAUGAUCAGCCACAAUGGCUUGCAUUGGCACAGGCUGUCUUCAACACCCAGGCCGCACGCUGGGACCCCGAUCAUUGUGCAGGAGGACUUAGAUGGCAGAUCUUCCAGUGGAACAACGGCUACGACUACAAGAACACCAUUUCCCAAGCUUGCUUCUUCGCUCUCGCCGGGCGACUGGCUGUGUACACCGGCAAUUCGUCCUACUCCGAAUGGGCAGAGAAAACCUGGGAUUGGAUGGUUGGGGUCAACUUCAUCUCCGACGAUUAUUAUGUCUACGACGGUGGCCACAUUCAGUACAACUGCACCAACAUCGUACCGUAUCAAUGGACGUACAACGCUGGCGGCAUGAUCCUUGGUGCUGCCGCCAUGUACAACCACACUGGCAGCGAGGUGUGGAAGAACCGACUCGACGGACUGGUCAAGGGCGCAGAUGUCUUCUUUGUCGGCGAGGAAAAGAAUAUCAUGCAGGAGGUAGCAUGCGAGACGGUUGGACUCUGCAACCUCGACCAGCAAUCCUUCAAGGCGUACCUAAGCCGCUGGCUAGCGGCCAUCACCAAAUGGGCUCCGCACUUGACGGACGGCAUCAUGGCCAAGAUUCGCCCUUCAUCUAUCGCAGCUGCAUCGCAGUGUAAGGGCGGCACGAACGGACGCAUGUGUGGUUUGAAGUGGACCGAAAACGGUACUUGGGAUGGAAUGCAGGGUGUUGGACAACAGAUGGCCGCCCUCGAAAUCACGCUCGGCAACCUCAUCGAAACUUCUAGUGCACCCCAUACUGCAGACGUUGGCGGUACUUCCCAAGGCGAUCCUGGAGCUGGAGGUAACGACAUCGGCCGGACGAUCCCAGCGGUCUCGAAUUUACCACCACUAGGCGGCGGUGACACGGCCGGUGCAGCAAUCUUGACGAUGGUUGUGCUUGGACUCCUGGUUGUGGGUGUUAUUUGGAUGAUGAUGGACGAGACGUCUAAAAAGCCUAUGAAGGAGCGAUUCUUCGACUUCCGUUCCGCGCUCAUCGGCGGCGGUGGCCUUGCUGCACUAGCUACCAGGCGGAAGAACGAAGAGAUGAUUGAGAAAGGCAAGGGGAUCGACAACGAUGCAUCGAGUGACGGUGGCAGUUCGCGUGAGAAUGGAAUACUAUCUCCUUUACCGACCAAAGGAUACAUAAUGAGCAGACACCAAGGCCUUCCGCAACGAGGGAGCGUGCUCUCUCAGAUGAGCGGGACGACUGCAGUCCCGGACCCGCCGUCAGGAAUCCCCAUGGUUCGGGAGAAGAGAUUGAGCAGGAAGAGUCGAAAUCCCGCGUUACGCAACAGCAUUGCAUCCCAGCGAUCGGCACGGAUUGAGUAA